AUGGACUCCCGCACGUCUCUCACCACCUCCGAGAAAAUAUGGUUGCAGCGCAAUGUGCCUGCUGAUCAGCGGCGCAAUAGGGAGGCUAAGUCAGCCGUAGCUCACUUGCUCCCCCUCCGCGAUGAGGAGAUACGGGUUUCCAGCAAGCAGCUUGAGAAGGCCGUAAAGGCAUACUGGAGGUCGAUGGAGGAUCCCGACGGCUCAACCGCGAAUCGGCACGGGGCUAUCAAUGGUUCAACCAAGAAGCCCUCGCAUGGUAAUGGCCGCUCGUCAGGUGGCGUGGACGAAGAACAGGAACCUGAAGAAGACGGCGGCGAUGGUCCAGAUGGAACGAAGCAGAGGGGGGAGCGGAAGGGGAAGACGAAGGGAAAGGGGAAGGCGAAGGCGAAGGCGAAGACGAAGGGGAAGGGGAAAGGGAAAGGGAAGGGGAAGGUGGAUGAGGGUGGGAACAUGGAGGAGGAGCAGGAGGAGCAGGAGGAGGGGGAGAUGGCGAGAGCUAAGGCGAAGGCGAAGGCGAAGGCGAAGGGGAAGGCGAAGGGGAAGGAAAAGGCGAAGGAGAAGGAGAAGGAAGAAGCUGACUCCGGCGGCCAAGGAGAAGACGACAGGGAUAAGACGGAGGCGGUCGAGGACGAGGACGAUGAGGACGACGAGGUACUGCACGGGCCGGCUAAGCCCUCGUACCACACGCAUGUCACGUGGUGCGCCGUCUCCCGCCACAGUCGCCCGGAGGUGUGGGACAGGGUCCGCCGACGGCUCGCUAGGGAGACGCCUGGUACGCCAUUUCAGAUAGAACAAAAAGUCAACAAGGAGAUCCGCCACGAAUUCACGGAGGACGAGGUGGAAGCCUUCAAAGCUAGAGCCCGAGCAAUCAACAUCGGCCAACCGGCCAAGCAAGACCGAACAUGGUUUCGCAAGAGUCACUGCCGACAGACCAUUGCGCGCUUCUUGAAUUGGGCAAUGGAAGUUGGUGGUGUGGCUGUUGUCGGGGUUGCUGCUUGGGUCGACGAAGAAAGUGGAGAGCUGGAAAUGGUCAAUGUCGGACCCAACGUCAAGAACGGCCCGUUGUUCGCGGAGAAGGAGAAAAAUUGGCUGGCACGCGGCCAGUUGUCAGACCGCGUCAAGGGCUGGGCUGCCGAGAUCUUCGGACUAGAGGACGGUGACGAUGGCAUCGCCGCAAUGGGCGACCAGAUAGAAGGCGGUUCUUUGCCGAGUUGGGCUCAGGUCAAACGUCGUCCUCGUCACUACCCGAGAUUGCUGGCGGACCCUCCUGACAGCGCGAACACGAAAUUACUGCGAAAUGUGAUCAGGCAGUAUAUCGCCCACGCCAUGAGCUUUCACAAUCAAUCCAAGGCCACUCGUUGGAGCCACCUACGGGCAGAGUUGGAUCCCAGCGCGUUUCCGGAGCCUGCUCCCGAGAGAGGCUCUGACCCCUACGCCAUGGACCCAUCCAGCAUGAAGAAGGAGCCUAUGCUCAAGUUCAUUCGCCAUUGGCUCCAGGCGCAGGAGGGUGGCAGCAUGCCCGUUAAGCCCUUCGUCAGGAAAGCAUCUGGUGCGACUGCCCGCACGUCUGGAUCGAGAACGCAAGCCCGCCGGAAGACGAAGGCCCCGUCCGAUGGAUCCGGGUCGUCGUCUGAGGAGGAGCCAGCGGAGGAGACAAGCGACGAGGAGGAGGAGGAGGAGGACGAGGACGAGGACGAGGAGGAAGGACCUAUGAUAGGACAACGGACGAGAAGGUCGAACACGACUGCCAAGUCUCGUAGCGCGGGUCCCAAUAGGCAUCAGCCCCAGAGUACUGCGUCGCUCCUACUUGAGAACGACAUGUCCAUCGGGCAGCGCGCCAAAGCACUCAUCAAGCGCGCGAAAGAGACUUCGAACCGUGUCGCGGCUUUAGUGGCCGUCUACAUGGUUCAAGUCUGCUUGGAGCAUCCGAAUGAUGACGGAAUCCCAGAAACCUCUCUAGACUUCCGUUUCCAGGACAUCUUUUUAAUCACCAACCUGGGCGACGUCUUGCAGGUAUCCGUGUUCACCAGCGGGAAAGCGCAGCAAUACGUGGACUGGGUUGUGAAGGCUAAGCCUCACCUUCUGGGCACACGCCCCCAAACAUGGGCUCGGAAGGUUAUUGUGAUGGCCAUCGCUACGGGCUUGCUUCACCUCGCUAUCGACAGCCAAGGCUAUGCAGAGGUGGAGCCUGAUGAUGAGCACAGUCCUUAUUAUCCCGGCGUGGGUUGGGAGAUCAAGGACCACGAAAAGCUGAUAGCCGGCAUUCUCAGGGCGCUGCACACUGGUCCGGACAAGGACAGCCUCAGCCCUUGCCCGAAGACCACCGCCGCCCUAGCAAAAGACCGACCAGGCGUGCGAAUCGAAGACUACGUUGACUCUCAUGCCAGCGCGCGCGAGCACGCUGCCGUGGCGGCCAUGCGUCAACGCGCAGGCGUGCACGCCGGCGGUGCCAGCGGUUCUACUCUAGCUAGCAAGCGCAAGGCCGCCACGGACAGUCAGCCGUCGAAAGCCUCCAAACGGCCACGCAACGUCCAGGAUGUGGAUGAUUCGCCGGACGUGCAGAUGGAAGAGCAGGAGGUUUCCAUCCCUCCGCGAAAGUUGAGGUCCGAAACCAAGAGGGACGACUCCGUUGCACAGCAGGGGGUCAGAACAUUGCGGAAACGCACACCCACUGCCAAGGCCGCCGCGAUGCAGCUGAAGCGCUCCAAGAAGUCGAAAGGCCCUUGA